AUGGCAGUUACUAAUGAGGGAUGGAAUGCCAUACUUAUGCUAUCAUUCUUAAGCCUUAUACCAUUUGCCGCACUGUCUAUUUUCCUAGCUAUUUAUUUCGGCCGAACCAAACGAGCCCAAAUAAUGGAGCAACAAAAUACUAUUGCAUCAUUUGGUCAGCAAAUUCGUGUAAAAUGUGACAGAAAAAGGGUAAGUUUGGUGGACAGUACGCAAUCAACACAAAAAUCUGUGGAUUGUACAGCAACAACAGCGUUCAGCAAGGUGAAACAUAGCGAUAUCCAAACUGAUACUAAUGGUACUUCUUCAAAUAACAAAACUAAGAAUUCCUGAGAAGUUAUACUGUUGAAAUCUAUUGUAAUACAGGGAGAGAAAACAGGAAAUGAUACAAAUGGAAGUCAACCAUUGCACCAAAUCACUUCAACAUCAUUCAAUAGAAGCUUAAUAUUAACCCCAGAAAUACCAUUAAUGGAUUGGAAAAGUGCUCAAAAAACUGUUAAUAAUUUUUCGCACGAAUUAGUUUCAUCUCAUCCGAUGUCAAAACAUAACCUUUCACAAUCAACAAGGUUUGCUUCUUGGUAUUAA